AUGGUCGCGAAGGUGGAAGUAGACGCUGCGAAGAAGGAGGAGAUGGAGAAGGUGGUGGUCGAAGAUGGAUCUGAUGAUUCUGAUGAUGACGCACCUCGUCUAGAUUGUGAGCUGACGGAGGAGCAGAAGAAAGUGGCAGAGGCGGCUGGACUUGCAGAUCAAAUGGAUAAGCAAGUGAAACAAAGCCUCUCUGAGAAGAAGGCUCGCAAGUUCUUCUCAAAGUUGGGCUUGAAACCGGUGACUGGUGUCUCAAGAGUGUGCAUU